AGCGCGGUGGUCCCCGGGCUGUCCCGCUAUCACGCGGCUGUGCCACACGCCACGGCCACCUCUGUCGCUGUCGCUGUGUCAGCCCGCGCGGAUGAGGGGCGGCUUCUUCCCCAUCAGCUGGAAACCCCCGGGAUGUCCCUGUGUUCCCCGGUGUCCCCGGCCGGACCAGUCGCGCCCGGACAACCCCAUCCGCCACCCCCGGAGGGGCAGGUCUGAGUCAGCUCGGGGUCACUGCGUGAGGCUGUGUCCUCACCGUGUCCCCGCCGUGUUUCCUGCGGAUGGAGUACUCCAUGGGGCUGGGGGGAGCGGGACAGCCCGGCAGUGCCCCACCCGGGACCAGUGUCACCCCGGAAAGGGACCCAACGGAACCCCGACCUCUUGGGGACACGGCACGGGUGGAGCAGAACUGGGGUGUUUGGGGUCUGUCUCCACGGGCACCAGCAAGUAUGAUGCCACCCGUCACUGGAUGGGAACGCAGCACCCCCAUGGGUGGUGCUGUUUGGGGGUGUGCUCCAAGACAGCUGCACGGCAAGGAAGGGGUUAAGGCACGCUGUGAGGUAUCGGGGUGUCCCCAACCAGGGGUACACCCGGGCAGCUCCUCGUACCGGUGACCUCACGGCACUGCCAUAGCAACGCCGCAUGAAAUCACCGGCGCCAACGUGAGCAUCCAGCCCGGCACCCCGCUGUCACCACGCACCGUGUCCCCCCAGGAUGAGCUGUGCCCACGUGUGACCCCGCCACCAUGCUGGUCAAGGAGUACCGCAUCUGCAUGCCACUCACCACCGAGGAGUACCGCGUGGGGCAGCUGUACACCAUCAGCAAGCACAGCCACCAGGAGAGUGAGAAGGGUGAGGGCGUGGAGGUGGUGCGGAACGAACCCCACGAGGACCCCGUGCACGGCCCUGGGCAGUUCACCGAGAAGCGUGUCCACCUCUCCAGCAAGCUGCCCAGCUGGGCACGGGCGGUGACUCCCCGCAUCUUCUACAUCACGGAGAAGGCCUGGAACUACUACCCCUACACCAUCACUGAGUACACGUGCUCCUUCCUGCCCAAGUUCUCCAUCUACAUUGAGACCAAGUACGAGGACAACUGCGGGGAUAGCGAGAACAUCUUCCACAGCGAUAAAAUCCUGGGUGACCACGAGGUCUCCUUCCUGGACAUCGCCUUUGAUGAGAUCCCCGAGCGCUACUACCGCAGCCUGGAGCUGGUGACCGUCAAGUUCGAGGUGUGGGGGCUGCAGACGCGGGUGGAACAGUUUGUGCACAAGGUGAUCCGGGACAUCCUGCUGAUAGGGCACCGGCAAGCCUUCACCUGGGUGGACGAGUGGUGCGGCAUGACGAUGGAGGAGGUGCGGCGGUACGAGAGAGAGACGCAGGAGGCCACCAACGAGAUCAUCGGCCUGGUGGCCCCCACCAUUUCGGUCAGCGAGGUGGGGCAGCCCACAGCCACUCACUCGGCCCCCGCCAGUGCCCCCUCCACCCCUCUCGGCGACGACGCCCCCGACUUCCUCGCCCCCCCCAAAGCUCGGCCCCGCAAGAAGUCAGCGCCGGAGACCCUGAUGCUGCCUGCGCUGCGGGAACGUGCCAGCGCAGAGUGAUGCCGCACCGCGCUGCUGCACCUUGCCACCUCCCCAGCCAGACUGUCCUCUCCUCCGUGCCAGCCCUGCCACCCACCUCAUCCCCUCCGACAGCUGCUGACCCCAAAGGGGGGACCUGCCAUCAGGGCACGUGGGAGCCUUGUGGGGUUGUCGGUACCCCUGAGCCGCUGUGGGAGCCCAGGUGGGACACUGUCACCAUUGCCGUGCUGGAGCUGCUGGCUCACUGGGAGGGGACACUGGCAGCAGCAUCAGGCCAUGGUGGCAUCCCGGCACCUGGUGCAGCCCCUUGAGCCUGAGUACUGCGGCGCUUGGGGAGUGAUGCUUGAGCAGCACCCUGCAAGGUAGGCACUGGGCACAGGAGGGUGGGCAUGGGAGUGACGGUGACAGCCCAGUGCCACCUCCCGGGGUUCCCCAUGGGAUGACUGGGGCAACCCCAGGCCCUGCAGCUGAGAGCUGUGUCAGUGCGAGGGGUGCCAGGGCAUGUUCAGACCUGUGUUUUCUUUGGGAAAACAUUGGCCUUUUCAGAAAUAAAGCUGGAGACAUGG